AAAUGGCUGUCAUUAGAAAAAGAAAUGGCGUUUCAUUUCUUGUAAGUGUUUUUCGUUUUUCUUCGUGACAGUCGGUUGUAAAAAGUUGUAAAAAAUGCCGAAUUAUUGUUGUGUCCCGAUGUGCACUUCUGGUUAUGUAAGAAAGGGAACUGUCCCAGAAAAAGUUGCGUUGUUCUCGACAAAAGACAAAAAAAUGCAAAAACUUUGGAUGAAAUAUAUCCCUAGAAAAAAUUACAUAUUCACUGACAAGUCGAGGGUUUGCUCCCAUCAUUUUGCAGAUUGUGACAUAGACAAAGGGUAUUUCUUGACUGUUGCAGGACAACAAGUUUUCCAGGAACGGAAAAGAUGGAUACUGAAACCGGGUGCAAUUCCUAAGAUAUUUCCUAAUUGCCCAUCUCACAUGACAAAAGUCACAUGCAGCCAAAGAAAAGCCAAAGAAAUGUUCGACUUGUUCAUAAUUGUUGAAGAAGCUUAUCGGGCAGAGGUUGACUUAGGGAAAUUGAACAUCCUGGACUGGUUUGAAAGAUCGAUGGAAACUCUGGGUGUGAUGGUGAAGGAAAGUAAAUUCAAUCCCACCAUUUGCUGCAACACACACCGGAAGGAACUUGUCGGAAAAUUAGUUUUGGAGUAUUUAAUCAUCAGAAAUUACCUGGAAACUAAAAAGUGGGUUAAAGAAUUCAGUCAACAAUCAAAGUCAAAAUCACUGCGUAAACAAGCUGAAGUGAUCUCUUAGUCUCUUUUUCUUUGUUUCAUUUUACCGUACUGCCGUUCUUAGUUUCUUACUGACUAAUGUACAGUUGAAGAAACAAUUCAAGCAAUAAAACGCGUUCAAAAUGUGUUA